AUGGAUACUAUCAAAAGCUCUGAUAACGAACAAAACGUCAGAUCACAUGGGCUUCAAACAUCACGAAAAUCUAUCGCUUCUACCUCAUCGUUACCAACAGGACAAACGAAGUCAAUAGUAACUUCACCACGUACUAUCAUUGUUCGAAAAAAGGAUUCUGGAUUUGGAUUUAAUGUUCGUGGCCAAGUUUGUGAAGGAGGAUCGGUGAAAUCAAUCGGUGGCACAUUGUAUGGUCCUCUUCAACAUGUAUCAGCUGUCGCAGACAAAGGUUCCGCUGAAAAAGCUGGUCUUAGUGUUGGAGAUAAAAUAUUAGAAGUAAACGGAGUCGAUGUUGAGGGUUUCGCACAUAAACAAGUGGUAGAUCUCAUUAAAAAAAGUGGUGAUCAGUUAACGCUUGUUGUAAUUGCAUCAACAAGUGAGGAGUUGCAUACAAAUAUUAUUUCUGGUGAUGAUUCAUCUGGUAGUUCAAAUGAUUAUAGUGAAAGACGUUCAUUGGCUAUUACAAUACCGGAUUACUCAAUAUUAGAAACACGUGAUGAAAAAUAUUGUGUAUUUAAUAUUCAUAUUGCGGGUCGACAUUUGUGCUCACGUCGUUAUCGAGAAUUUGCUUCAUUACAUAACAAUCUAAAAAAUGAUUUUUCUGAUUUUAAUUUUCCACCAUUACCCAAAAAAUGGCCAUUUAAAUUAUCGGAACAACAACUGGAUGCAAGACGUCGUGGAUUAGAAGUUUAUAUAGAGAAAAAACGUAAACUUCGAUCAAACGAAUAUCCACAUCAAAUUUAUGUACAAAAUUGUUGCACAUCUAAUACAACAUGUCUUUCUUUACGAAAAUUUGUAUUUUCUCCAUCAGCUGAAAUUGUUUUGUUAAAUUAUGCACUUACUCGUGAAUUUCUCUAUCGACAGGCAAUCGAUGAGAUAAAUCGUUCAAAUAAUGAUGAAGUUAUUGAACAUCGUUCAACAUUAAAAAAUUUACCUCAAAAUGAUUUUAUUAAAUUUGUACAAAAAAUGGAUGAUUAUAAUUCAAUUACAUUUCCAUUAUGUCCAUGUAGUUCAAGACAACAAAAUGCUUGUGUAAUAAUGAAAAUUAAUUAUCAAAAAUUAUUAUUAUUUCCAUGUGAUACUGAUGGAAAAAUUGAACAAAAUCAAUUAGCUGAAUUUCAAUGGAAUGAAAUUAUGAAUUAUUAUACUGUUGAUCAUCAGCAAAGAACUUUUGAUAAUAAAGAAAAAAAUAUAUUUCUAUUUGAAUAUAAACGUUCAUCAAUGAAAACAAAUAAAACUGUUCGAUUAUUUACAUUUUAUUCAUUGUAUAUGUACGAUUGUUUUGAACGUAUAUUCAAUGAAUUAAACUUAGUUAAACCAAUUAUUAAAAACACAGACAAAGAACUGUUGCAUGUAGGUGAUGAUGAACAUGUUUAA